AUGGACAUCAUCAUCCAACGCACUAAUGAGAAGGUAAAGCAGAAUAUGCCACCAAAUAAACAAUGGAAACCGGUAGACCAUACAGAACUAAACGCAUUUUUUGGACUUGUAUUAUUGAUUGGACGAUUCAGAGAAUGGUCUUUCGACUCAGUACAGCAUAUCCUUUUAUGGCACAAUAUGUACAGUGGAGGUGUCAGCUCUCAUAUGGUAAAUACAAUCAAAAAGAUUUAUAAAAAAGCUAAUACCAGGAUAAAAUCUGGAACCAUACUAACAAAUGAAAUUGACAUCACAAGAAGAGUAUUACCAGGAAAUACACUGAGUUCCACCCUAUUAUCAACAAUGUUAUAUGACAUCGAUAAAUAUUUUAUACAACAUGAUCACACUGGAGUGAUCAAAAACAUGGAACUUCUUCUUUUUUCCGAUGAUUUAGUAAUUAAAGCUAAUAACCUCAUUGACCUACAAGACAAACUGAAAACAUUAGAAACAUACUGUAGGGAAAACAAGAUCGAAGUUAAUAUCGAGAAAACAAAAAUAUUGACAUGCAAUAGAUCAGGAAAGGAGACUAGAUAUCUGAAAGAAGUGGAAAAAGUACAAACAAAAUUCUUUAAAAGACUUCUAGACGUGCCAAAAAACACUCCAAACUACAUCAUCAGAGUAGAAGUAGGCCAGAAUAAUAAAUAUGAGGAACAAGAGAUUCCGCAAAAGAUGCUUGGAAAAACUUAUAAACAUGGAUGCAAGAAACAGGGACUCGAAAAGAAAUUGGUUUUCCCAGUAAAAUCAAUACUAGAAGGUUAUGGAUGUGGCGAUGAAAUCAUCGACACCGUAAAUCUAAAAUACGUCAACGAAGAAGAAAUAAUCUUAAAUAAAAUCAAAGAAAGGCUUUUCCAGAAUGACAAAACUAGAGGGGAGAACUCUGCAUACAGCUCUAUCUAUCAAAAUAAAGGAUCUCUCAGAAAUAAAACCGGAAGUAUACCUGAAAAUAUCUAUCCCAAUAAAAUACAAGAGAACACUCGCCCAAUUAAGAUUAUCAGGGUGUAUGGAGAACAAGAAGCAGUUACGGACUUGCGUUAA